UUUAUGUAACCAGAACCAUAUCCUGUAAAUCAGUCAUAUCAUUCAGACUUCAGUAAAAAGAGAAAAUAUCAGGUUACUGCAUGGCUGAAGAACAAAAAGCAUAAGGCGAUUGUAAUUUGAUAUCAGAGGGAAACGGUUUAAAUAGUGUAGCUGAACGAAUGUUUUACUUGAUAUAGUAAGUAAAAAGCUGCCAGGACGGAGUUUGUUUGGACGUUGUGGAAGUUUUCUUGUGAAAUCCUUGCAUUCGCGCAUUGAUUUGCAUGGCAUCUAGGAAACACAAACCAGCAGGUGCCAUGAACAGACAGAUUUUUCAGUCGUGUGGCCAAAUCAGAUUAACAGUUCUGCUGCUGAUGACUGUCCCAGUUGUUCAAAGUGGGAAGGUUCUUGUGUUUCCAGUGGAUGGCAGUCACUGGGUCAAUAUGAACAUCUUGGUGGAGGCACUUCACGCCAAAGGUCACGAUGUUACAGUCAUUCGGAUGCCAGACAGCUGGUACAUUAAAGAAUUCUCACCACACUACACAUCAAUCACUCUGAAUUCUCCUGGAGGAUUCGAAGAAGAAUUUUUUGAGAUGUUUGCAUUCAGACUUAUGAAAAUCCUGAGAGAAGGUACCACCUGGGCUCGUCUGAAGCUGGAGAUAGAGAUGUGGGAAAAUGUUGGAAAGAUGUUUAAAAUAAAAAGUGAGAUGAUAGUCAACAUGUUUGAAGACCAACAGCUAAUGCAGUCAUUAAAAGACACCAAAUAUGAUUUGGUUCUUACAGAUCCAGUUGAUUUUGGAGGCAUUUUAUUGGCUCACCAUUUCAAACUACCCAUUGUCUACAAUGUCCGUUGGACAGUGUGCAAUGAGGCUCAUUAUGUAAUAGCUCCUUCUCCACUUUCUUAUGUUCCUUUGCCAAUGCUGGAGUUAUCAGAUCGCAUGAGUUUCUUGGAGAGAGUGAAGAAUGUUGUAAUGUACAUCAUAACUGAAACACAAGUUGCCUUUAUGAUUGCUCCAACAUAUAAUGCACUUUGCGAACGUUUUAUUGGCCCUGGAGUGUCCUUCCUUACGCUAGUUCAGAGUGCUGAUCUGUGGCUACAUAGAGUGGAUUUUAUUUUUGAAUUCCCGCGUCCCACUAUGCCAAACAUUGUCUACAUGGGAGGUUUUCAGUGCAAGCCAUCAAAACCUCUUCCCCGGGAUCUGGAGGACUUUGUGCAGAGCUCUGGUGAUCAUGGUGUCAUCAUCAUGUCUCUGGGCACUCUCAUUGGUCAGCUUCCCGAUGAUGUGGCUGAGGCGAUUGCUGAAGCUUUUGCAGAACUUCCACAGAAGAUCAUCUGGAGGUACAAAGGAAAGAGACCAUCUGCUCUAGGAAACAACACCUUAAUGAUGGACUGGAUGCCUCAGAAUGAUCUUCUGGGGCAUCCUAAGACCAGAGCCUUUGUGGCACAUGGAGGAACCAAUGGCAUUCAAGAAGCCAUUUACCACGGGGUCCCAAUCAUUGGAUUUGGGCUGAUUUUUGACCAGCCUGAUAAUCUUGCAAAAAUGAGAGUACGAGGUGUAGCCAAGACUGUAGACUUUGCCACAGUGGAUAAGGACUCCUUCCUUAAAACUGUGAAAGAGGUGCUUUAUGAUCCCUCUUAUCGGGAGAACAUGCAGAGGCUCUCAAGGCUUCACAAGGACGUUCCAGUGAAACCUCUGGACAAUGCCAUCUUCUGGAUUGAGUUUGUUAUGAGGCACAAAGGUGCUGCUCACUUGCGCACAGAGUCUUACAAAAUGCCCUGGUACUCUUAUCACUCUGUUGAUGUCAUACUGUUCCUGCUUUCUGCUGUGUCACUCAUAAUCUUGACUAUAUAUGCAGUAAUCAGAUAUUUCUGCUGCAGAAUAUGCAUGAGAAAAACAAAAAACAAAAGCAAAUGAGUUCAGUUGUUAAAUCGACAAUAUUUGUGUUGUACUGUCUCCACAGCUUUAUUGUUUGUGUUCAACUAUAUUUAUUUAAAAUUCUUUUCAUACAGUGAUUGAUAAAUGUUGAUUUAUUCAAACCAUAUUAGACUCUAUUUACUCUAUAUACUGUAUAUGAACAAAUAUUGUACAAACAUUUAUUGUAUCAUAUAGCUACAGUGUCAUGUAUACAUAUUUUCAUACAUAUAAUAUCUUAGUGUUCUUCUCAGCACUCGAUCAUCUUCUCAUCAAUUAUUUUUGCAACAAAAACCAUCUGAAUGUACAAUAAUCCUCAUAUAGCUGUAAAAAGUAUUCAAAAUAGUGAUUUUCAGCACUCAUUUCUCCAGGCUUCAGUGUCACAUGAUCCUUCAGAAAUCAUUCUAAUAUGCUGAUUGUUGCUAGGAAACAUUUCUCAUUAUUAUCAGUGUGGAAAACAGUGAUUCUCUGAUGAAUAUAAUAAUUUUUUUUUUUUAAAAAUCUUACUAACCCCAAAUGUUUGAACGGUAAUGUAUAGAUUCCUAUUAUAGUGCAGUGGUUUAAUUCAUAGUAUAUUGUUCAUUAAACUGGGUGGCCAGAAGAGCACAGUGCCUGUUGUCUCUUUCACUUUGUGAGAGCAGAAUAAAAAGAAAGGCCAAGUACUCAUAAUCCAGCACUUGAUAGAACUAAAAGAGCUCUUGUCAUAGGAGUUCUUAUUUUAUCCGUAUCACAUUAAAAAUACCAAGUGUUACUGUAGUUAACUAAGGGAUAAAAAAAAGAGCGUGCUGGGAAUAUUACAACCCAGUCUAUCAAAGUGAAGGAAAGUAUUAUCUGGCAAGGCUCGAUCUAUUGUGGGUUUAGCUGUCUUAAAAACAGACACGGCUGCUGCAAAAAUGUCUCUGUAAUUGGUGAACUGUGUGAUUUUAUUAUUUUGACCUUCUUGAACUGUGCUAAGUGAUGUUGAAAUUCUGCUAUAUCUAAAUGGUUGGGGUUUUGUGGCUGUUAAUUUUUGUUGCAAUGUGAAUUUUUUUUUUUUUUUUUUUUUUAUAGAACAAAUGACUGAUUUGACUUUUCUUCAAUUGUUCUCAUUGUAUUUUAAUAAAUCUACUGAAUGCAACAUC